GAUCCAGAUAGGUUAUUACAGUACAGUAGCACCAAAACUUAACCCCUCUGACGAAAGAAGUGGGGUGGAAACAAACGAACUCAGGCUGCGAUGGAUGUGACUGCUACUCGUGGUCAUGCCAAACAGAACAACUUUACGUGCACAUCAACCUAAUUCACCUCGAUCCUCAUCCAUACUCAAGUCCUCUCUUCUGUUUCUAAUCGUCAUCCUGGCCUUGAAUACCCUCAGAAGAUUCCCUUCUCGCCUCUUUCUCUUCUCUCAACAUCUUAAGCCCCCCAACGCAUUCUCCUCAGCUUCGCUUCAUACAACAGACAUGGUCUACGAAAAGGAACUGCUGGUGGCUCAAUUAGCCGUACAACGUGCUUCAAUUGCCACGAAGCGGGUCUUCCAUCAGACAGCGAAGGGCGCUGUUUCCAAAGACGACAAGUCUCCCGUCACCAUUGGCGACUUCGGAGCUCAGGCACUCAUUAUACACGCCAUUCGCAAAAACUUCCCGGAGGACAAGGUUGUCGGUGAAGAAGAUUCCGAUACACUGAGAAAGAAUGACGAGCUAAGGCAGCAGAUCUGGGAGGUCGUGCAGAAUACCAAACUUGAAGAUGCGGAGGCAGAGAAGCUACUCGGAGGACCUUUGACAAGCGAAAGCGAGAUGCUCGACGCUAUUGAUUAUGGAAAAGAUGAAGGCGGUGGUAGGGGGAGAAUAUGGGCGCUCGACCCGAUCGAUGGCACAAAAGGCUUCUUGCGCGGCGGACAGUAUGCAGUGUGUCUCGCACUGAUGGUGGACGGUGAUGUCAAGGUCGGCGUCCUGGGAUGUCCCAAUCUUCCUAUAGACGAUUCUGCGCCGUUGGACGUCAAGAUUGGUGAAAACGCAAACGAUGAGGCCGGCAAGGGAGUACUUUUCAGUGCGGUCUUGGGACAAGGUGCGACGAGCAGACCUCUUGGCACGGCAGGUCUUCAGCCAGGGAAAUCAAUUGCCAUGAAGAAUUUGACGGACGUAUCGCAGGCAACGUUCUGCGAGAGUGUAGAAGCUGCCCACUCAUCGCACGGAGAGAAUGCAGCGAUCGCAAAGAAGCUUGGUAUUACGAAGCCCGGUGUACGCAUGGACUCGCAGUCAAAGUAUGGCUCAAUCGCGCGCGGUGCAGGUGAUCUGUAUUUGCGUCUACCAGUCAGGAAGGACUAUCAAGAGAAGAUUUGGGACCAUGCAGCGGGAGAUGUAAUUGUCAGAGAAGCUGGCGGUGUCGUCACUGACAUCCAUGGAAAGAGGCUGGACUUCAGUAUUGGACGCACUCUUCGCGACAACAAAGGGGUAGUGGCAGGUCCUAAAGGCGUACACGAUGCAGUGUUAUCUGUUGUCAAGGAAGUGCUUGGCGUUUAAAAAAGAUAUGCGGUUCAGAACGUACAGCAAGAUGUAUAUGUACAUUGAACUGUAGAGGUGUCGGUGCCAUCCGAUAGACACAAACUACUUAAUUUUCUUAUUCUUCAUCCUGACUACUUCGUUGUUAACGAAUAUGCCCUUGCCUUUAUACGGCUCCGGAACUCUCCAUUUC